AUGUCACUAAGCCUUACAAAGUCGUCCUGGACUAUUUUGAUGGCCAUACGGAUCCGCAGGAAUCAAGUUCUUUGCAGCCUUUGUCUAGCAAUACGUUUGAGAAGGGGUACAUGGCGGAUGGAGUGAAGAGAAUUCCUGUGAGAGAAGGAAGAAUCCGUGGAACUCUUUUUCUUCCUCCGGGUAAUGGACCUUUUUCUGGUGAGUAG